AUGGGUCGCGGAAAGAAUCGUAUUCCAAACGAUCGUGAAGCCUUCUUCGCAUGCUUCCGUAAGCGGGCAAACAGUAUCAUACGCAUUCUUCAUUCCAUCGAAAACGAAGUCAAAGAGGGUAUGGCUGUUUCUGCUCAAGAAAAUGUCGUCAUUAAUGAUGUAGUACAUACAUCUAUUGGAACGCAAACAACAAAAGAUGGAGUUUUUGAUCCGACUCAUACGCCGUGUUGCAGCUAUAUGACUCCAAAUUGGCGAAAAGGAUUGUCCACCAUCGAUCAUGAAUUAGAUUAUGCUGGACCUGCGAGACGUGAACUUGAACACCUGAAAUCUGACCUGAUUAAGAUGGUUGGCCCAACGGCUGAGCCACAACUGAAUAAAUUCAUUUCAUCAAUGAAAAAUCUGCUUAUGCUACGUUAA